UUUGGCCCAGUAUCCAAUUAACCCUUAUGCGAACAGAUUAGUUCGAAAAGUUGUUCGAUGGGAUUAACGGCGCCGCGGAUUAUCGUUCUUCUUGUACUUUCCAUACGCGAUCGACCACUACAAACGCGAUACUACUCUACGUUCGCCGAACUUUUUCCAAGAAGAUGUGCAAAUAUUUUUCACGGAGCUUAAUAGUGAAGACAAGGUAUACGGAGAGGGGCUCGAAUUUCAAACAACGAGAAGAUCUCCGUUGCUUAUAUCGUAAAUCGAUAAGUACGGAUGAACACAGCUUUCAAUACGGAGCAUCGUAGCGAGAUGUUACGUGGAAUCAAAGACCAUCGAUCGACUUGACGUACCUUCAUCGAUAACCUGCUUUUACGAUGCAGCCUAUAACGACGAUGACAAAGAACGAAGGAAACAGAUCGCCAACGAACAACGCGACUUACUCUGCAAGAGUCUGCCUAUCCAGUGGAAUGAAUUGCAUGGUCGGAGACACUAUGUUUCAUCGUAUAUCCAAUAUAGGACGGAACGUCAAUCAGGGCAAUACCUGUCCUGUGAACAACUACAGCAUCGUCGCAUCUAGAGGAGAGCUCGCUCGAAAUAACUAUGCGGUGAGAGAGACAUCGUCGGCGCAGUGCAUCGUUGUCAAGAGGAACAAGACGGCCGUGAAUGUGGGUAGCGAAACUCGCCCCAAAGUUCGGGACGACUUGCUCAAAGAACAGUCCUCGGGCAAACAGUUGACCAAGGAUAUCGCAGGAUCCACGGACUUUGGCAAGUCUCAGCGGCCUAUUCGCAAAUCCUUUUCCGUUCCGGACUAUCUCAGAGAAGGUUUUCCAGCGACGCGGCAAAUUGAUCGGAGGGGAACCGAGGAGAGCAUUUUGAAAAGAUCUUCCACUUUCCUGUCGAAUCUCGCCCAUUCUGCGAAUAAAUUUAGAGAGAGAAAGCUAAGCGGAAACUAUCCCGAAGAGCGCACACUUUGUCCAAAUAAUCAUUGCACCGAGAAAAGCUGUUCGGCCAAGCAUCCAACUCUGAGGGGAUACUUUUCGAUUUUAAGUAGAGUCGCCAACGAUCUCGAUCCUUUCGAACAUUCGUCAGCAGUUCAAACGUUGCCGGUGGAACGGAGGAAGAAAGGCGGCGCGCGCGUCAAGAAAUCGGUGUCCUUCAGUUCGGAUACGAGUUUCGAAGAGAAACGCGAACCUUACAAAAGAGCCGCCAUACACGAGGCUAAGGUCUAUCACAAGGGUGUUCUGCAAGAUCGUAGCGUGGCCGAGGCGAACAUCGUCAGAAAAGUGCCGUCCUCGUGGGAAGUAACGUCCGAGGGCGCAUCGGCCCUUCUCAGGGCAGCCAGAGAUGCCGACGACGCAGCCCUCGAUGAAAUCGCUGCCCAUGUACGAAAAUUUGGAUUCGGUGACAUGGACGUCAAUAUGACUGAUAGCAGCGGCAGGACUGCCAUCAGCUACAUGGCGGGAAACGGUGCCGCGACGAUGUUAGAGCUAGCUCUGUCGUACGAAAGGGUGGAUCCGAAUACUCCGGACAACGAGGGCAACACGCCUCUACAUUUUGCCGCGCAGGCCGGGCAAACGGAAUGUUUGAACAUACUGCUGCAGAGGUGUCCGGACAUCGAAGUGGACGCGAGGAACGCAUCGGGCUUUACCCCGUUGAUGAAGGCAGCGCUUCAAGGAAGAACCAAAUGCGCCAAAAUUCUCUUAUUCGCCGGUGCGAAUCCGACAUUGAGAGACCAAGGGAGAGGAUUGAGAGCGGAACAGUGGGCCAGAUUUUGUGGAAGGUACGUGUGCGCCGAAGUAAUCGAGAGGUUCGCGAGACAUCGGCUCCUGGAGAGGUCAACUUCUUGUCGGUGGGGUAGUGAACCCGAACUGGCAGCGAAAGUACUCCAAGGGAAGGUGAUGCCCAUUCCGACCGCACCCCUGUCGCCACCAUCUUCGGGAUUCAAGUCGAAGAUAAGAAAAGUUUUCCGCACGACAUCCGGCCCAGACCGAAGUUUUUCGUUGGUCUCGCAAUUAACUAGCGCCGCCCUUUGCGCAAGUAGUCCAGCUCUACCAAAAUCCAGCCAAGUUCCACCUGUGGUUAAAAGUCUCCUUCGACCUUUAAGCGUUCCACAGUUAAGGGUGACCCUAGUUUCGCCGCAAGAUAUUCUUGAACAAUCAAAGGACAAGUAUGGGCCCAAUUUUACAGAAAAGAUCGAGAAUAUAGUAGGAAAGCCUUCGCGAUCGAAGAACAAAAACAAAUAGAUCUGUAAAUCUCGUUUGCCAAUCAUUUUGCGGAUAAAGAUCGCGGGCGUCUUCCCUCCUCGAAAAAAAUACAUUUUAUUGUAUUUUAGAUCGUCGUACAUCAAUAGGAUCUUCGAUCUUUUUCCACUCAUCCACUGGCUACAGUUCCUAUCGAUCAACGCUCAUUCUAAUUCUAAUACUAUCUAUACUGUUAAAAUCUUACAUGACAUUCUCGUUUCUAUUAGACCAAAAUACAAAGUGCAACUUUUUCACCUUGUAAACUUGUUUAUAGAAACCGUAUUGUGGAAAAGGGAUUGCUACCUUUUGUAGAUUAUACGUAUACAUAUAUAUCUUUCUUCUUACGUUACUUUCAACUUAUUUUUGGCUUACGAUCUGGGUAAACGUUACCAGAGUUUGGGAACAUGUACGGAUAGAUCAAUUUUUUUUUAACUGACUGUCACGAACAUCAAAAGAUCAACAAGAAUUAUGUACACUUAUUCGUCGAAUCGAUUAGAUAAUUUUUAAAUAAUCUUAAAUAAUCUUCUAUAUAGAGAGAAAGAGAGAGAGAGAGAGAGAGCGAUGGAAAGAUUCAUUUUACGGUUUUUGAAUUUAUAAGAUAUAAACGUAUCGUAAAGCACAAAGUGACAUUUUUUUAAUUACGCGAUGAUCGCCGAAAAAAUUUAUAAAUAAAUAUAUUGAAUAAAAAGAUUCGUAUCAUUUGUA